GGCACUUUGGGUCCUCUUUGAAGCACGAGGAUCUCCCUCAUGUCGCCGUGGCCUCACGCUCCCUCACGUUUCUCUGGUUUUGUUUAACUUCUGGUUUGACUUCGUGAUGGACGUCGAUAAAAACACAGACCCGGCCUCAGGCGCUGCCGCGGACAGCAAAGAGGACGCGGAGGCCUUCACCAAGGUGAAGAGCAAAAGGACCCAGAAGAGAAAGCGUGAACAAGAUGGAGCGGACAUGGACACCGAGGCGCCUGUGGCCAGCAAGCGGCCGCAGUUUCCCCCGAUCUCAGGCGACAAACUGAAGGGACCAAAUGAGAUGCGUAAAAUCGCAAUCCCUGCUCACAGAUACACACCUCUGAAGGAAAACUGGCUGAAGAUUUACACCCCCAUCGUAGAGAACCUGCACCUUCAAGUCAGAUUCAACCUCAAAUCGAGAAACGUAGAAAUCAAAACAUGCAAAGAAACACAGGACAUCGGCUCCCUCACGAAAGCAACAGAUUUUGUUAAAGCGUUUGUUCUCGGAUUCCAAGUUGAAGAUGCUCUCGCUCUCGUCAGAUUAGAUGAGCUUUUCCUAGAAAGCUUUGAUGUCACAGACGUGAAACCUCUGAAGGGAGAUCAUUUAUCCAGAGCCAUCGGAAGAGUCGCAGGAAAAGGAGGAAAAACCAAAUUCACUAUCGAAAAUGUCACAAAGACUCGGAUCGUGCUGGCAGACACAAAAAUUCACAUAUUAGGAUCUUUCCAGAAUAUCAAGAUGGCCCGGACAGCUAUUUGUAACUUAAUCCUAGGAAGUCCACCUUCAAAGGUCUAUGGAAACAUCAGAGUGGUGGCGAGCAGGACUGCGGAGAGAUUCUGAAGUCGGAUUGGUUGCUGUUUGUCAUCUCUUUCCCCAUUGGCUGGUGCAAUCCCCACUUUGGUCCAUGUUACUAAGACUGUUGCCGACAUCUCAGGCUCCUCUAACAGCCUCAUGUUUACAGCUGGUUACUGGAUCAGUUGACUCCUAAUGAGGAAAAAGUUACGAAACAACAGAAAGCAGGUAUCUAGUAAUGAGUUUGUGUAAAUAAAUGAAAAUCCUCAAGACUAA